CAUCCCCCGCUGGUGAUGUCAGCGCUGACAAAGGGGAAUAAACCGCAGUCCCUGGGCUGUCACGGGUGUCCCCGGCGCGGGGACCCUCCCGGUGCCGCCCCAUCCCCGUCCCCGUCCCCAUCCCCGCCCCGCGGGCGGGUCCCGCCGUGUCCCGGUGCAGGAGCUCAGAGCCACCGCGGAGCUGCCGCACGCAGGUUUGGAGCAGGAUUUGUUCUGUGGCACCUGAGCUGUCGGCUCUGCUGGGCAGGGAAAAUGUCAGACGCUUUCUCCUUAUCGGACGCCUUGGCCAACAGCAACAACCCCACCCCGUGUGCGCCCCCAGCGCAGGGCUGGCCCUCCUGGGGGAACCAGCCCGGAGCUCCUGGGGCAUUCCCGGGGUAUCCCGGGGCACCAGGAGCCUAUCCUGGGGCACCAGGAGCCUACCCUGGGGCACCAGGAGCCUACCCUGGAGCACCAGGAGCAUACCCUGGAGCAGCAGGAGCGUACCCUGCAGUACCCGGAGCGUAUCCCGGAGCACCAGGAGCAUACCCCGGAGCACCAGGAGCGUAUCCAGGAGCACCCGGAGCAUUCCCUGGAGCACCAGCAGCAACGGGGCCAAAUCCUGCUCCGGGACAACCACCCAGUGGCCCUGGAUCUGGGCCUUCUGCCCCGCAGGGAGGGCCAACUCCUCCGCAGGGAGGGCCAACUCCUCCGCAGGGAGGGCCAGCUCCUCCGCAGGGAGGGCCAGCUCCGACUCAGGGAGGACCAACUCCUCCAAUGAAAGUCCCCUUCGAGCUGCCCCUGCAGGCAGGACUCGUCCCUCGGCUGCUCAUCACCAUCACUGGGACCGUGAACCCCAACCCCAACAGGUUUUCACUGGAUUUCAAGAGAGGGAAUGACGUUGCCUUCCACUUCAACCCCCGCUUCAACGAAGACAACAAGAAAGUCAUUGUCUGCAAUUCCAUGUUCCAGAACAACUGGGGAAAGGAGGAGAGGACAGCUCCCAGGUUUCCAUUUGAAGCUGGAAAACCCUUCAAGCUCCAGAUCCUUUGUGAGACGGAUCACUUCAAGGUGGCUGUGAAUGAUGCUCACUUGCUGCAGUACAAUUUUCGUGAGAAGAGGCUGAACGAGGUCACCAAGCUCUGCAUCGGGGGGGACAUCACCCUCACCAGUGUCCUGCCCACCAUGAUAUAACUGGGGGGAACUCUGGCCAAACUUUGUGCUCUUUUGUUUGCACCAUAAAAAGUGCCUUCUCUCAACACCACUGCGAGGUGUAAUAAAACAUUUUUACUCGUAAAAUUUGGU